UCCACCCCUCGUACCGAAGCGCUUCCCAGCCUGCGCUGCAAUUCCGGGGUCUAAACACGCACAUAUAUAUUCGUCAUGGCCAUAUCCACAAUAUUGCAACCAUGCCACACAACCCAGUAUGGCUUUGCUACCUCUUUGCUGCGGCGCUGUUACAGCUGGCUUCAUGUGUCACCUCUUCUACUUCCGGCUUGGGGAGCACCUUGAUGAUGCGCCCAAGAUCCUCCUGCUGAGCGUUUUCUCGCCUGUAGCAUUACUCAAUGGUCUGACCGUCCUUGGGUACAGUAUUAGAGAGGCCACCACAGUCGUUAUUGUGCUCUGGGCUUCAUUUGUCGGUGGACUAUGGACAAGCAUGUCGGUAUAUCGAGCAUGGCUCCAUCGCUUGCGAGACUACCCAGGUCCUUUUCUCGCUCGUAUAUCAAAGUUUUGGUACGUUUGGCAGACUAGCGAUCUCAAGGACUACAAGCAUAUACAAGAAUGGCAUGAAAAGUAUGGCGACUAUGUUCGAACUGGACCCAACGAGAUCUCUAUUGCGGAUCCGGAUAUCGUCGAGAUCGUUCAUGGCGGUCGUUCUCAAUGUACAAAAUCGAUCUGGUAUAACAUCGGGUUCCCGAUGAUGACUUUGCAUCAGAUGAGAGACAAGAAAAUGCAUGAACGCCGGCGCAGGGCAGGCUGGGACCAAGCAUUCAACGUCCAAUCGCUGCGGGCUUACGAUGACCGUGUCGUCAGCUGCACCGACAUGCUUCUGCAGCAGAUUUUGUCUCUUGCCGGCCAAUCUGUCGACGUCUCAAAGUGGAUGACAUACUAUACCUACGACGUCAUGGGCGAGGUCGCGUUCUCGAGGUCGUUCGAUGCCCUGAAGACUGGUCAAGCCCACUUCGCCAUCAAGAUCAUGCACCAGAAUCUGAUCCCUUUAGGGCUUUUUCAACAUACACCCUGGCUGCUGCAUAUUAUGACAAAACUCCCUGCGAAAAUGAUGCCGAUGACAAAGUUCCUCGAGUAUUGCGAAAGUUGCGUUGCGCAAAGAAAAUCUGUGAAGCCCGAGAAACCGGAUGUUUUCCAUCACCUCCUGCGCGAGCCAUUCUUCGGAAACGCUCACGAUGACCACCAACUACUGGUGGGCGACAGCAGACUCAUAAUCACAGCAGGGAGUGAUACUACCGCGGCUGCUCUGACUUUUGCCUUGUACCACCUGGCGUCCGAACCAGCUCUGGCAGAGCAAAUGCGAUCGGAAUUGUUCUCCAACGGCAUAGACAGUGCACAAGUGGCAAAGCCCACCGCUCUGCAGCAUUUGCCAUAUCUGAAUGCUGUGAUCCAGGAGACUUUGAGAAUGCAUCCGCCCAUACCGAAUGGCGUUUUCAGAGAUUCUCCUGCUCAGGGACUAACUUGUGGAGAUCGUUAUAUCCCAGGGAAUGUCACAAUACUGACCCCAACCUAUGUGAUUCAAAGAUCACCAAAAGCGUACAAGCAGCCUGACUCGUUCAUACCAGAAAGGUGGACAACGCGUCCAGAACUUCUGAUUAACAGAGGCGCAUUUCUCACGUUUGGCGGAGGCGCUUCUAGCUGCAUAGGUAAACAAUUGGCAUAUAUGGAGAUGCGGACGGUCCUGGCUAAGCUUGUGCUCGAAUUUGAAAUCAAAUUUGAUUCGCUAGAGGACGGACAGGCAUUGUUGAACGAGACCAAAGAUUGCUUCACUUGUAUCCUGGCGCCUCUGCAUCUAGUCUUCUCCAGUCGCAAACGGCGUUAAAUCAAGGACAAUGGCUGAGCUGAUUCUUCCGUACGAUGGAAUUAGUGGAAUUUUA